UACCUCUUCUCUCUCCUCCUUAGUAUUUAGCAGAUACAGAGUCAGAACAAUGGCGGCUAAAAGCAAGAAGAAGAUCCUGAAGACUGUCUCUGUUGUCGACAUCAGCUGCGGCAACUGUAUAAAACCAACCUUGUCCUCUAUUUUCAACUUUUUCUCCAAAAAGCCCAAACGUCCCUCCUCUAAUUACCGUCACUGCCACUCCUCCUCCAUCUCCUCAGCAACACCCUCCUCCACGCCUUUGGCCACCGCUGCCGUCGCCGUCGAGAAAGAUUCAGACGAUCCUUACCUAGAUUUCCGGCAGUCUAUGCUUCAAAUGAUACUAGAGAACCAGAUUUACUCGAAAGAUGAACUAAGAGAGCUUCUUCAGUGCUUCCUCAGCCUCAAUUCACACUAUCAUCACGGCAUUAUCGUUCGUGCCUUCUCGGAAAUAUGGGAAGACGUUUCCUCCGCCGCCGCUUCCGCCGUCGAAGCGUCCCCUCUCGUCACCCGUCAUGUGUCACGUGCGUCACGUGAUUACUAUAACUAUUACUAGGCUAGUUAAUGAAAAUAAAUAGCUAUC